GUUUCUUUUCUACACAGAGCUGCUGAGGACAGAGGAGAGCUGCACACUGAUGAAGUUCAUGGCUGAAAGUUUGGUUGUUGUGUUUGUGUGAAGGUGUGGACUCUGCUAUGGAUCAGUGUGAGGAACCAGGGGAGGGAGUCCGCCCCUCUAAAACCACUCUGCGUGGGGACCAUGACAGCCGGACUGAAGCUCAGAGCCUAGAGCAGAGGCACAGCCCAGACUCUACUGGAUCUAAAUCAGAACCUGGACCCAGCUGUGUGUCUGGGAGGAGUGACCAGUCAAUGGAGCUUCCUCUUUUUUUUAGACAAUCUGCUGAUGUAAAAGUCCAGCAGCAAAAAACUAAUUCAAAACCCAGCUGUGUGUCCUGGAAGAGCGACGGGUCGAAUCAACGUUUAAUUGACUUUAAAGUUCAUCCACCAUCUGCUGAUCAGAUAGUCCAGCAGCAGAAACCAGGUUGUUCAAAACCCAGCUGUGUGUCCUGGAAGAGCGACGGGUCGAAUCAACGUUUAAUUGACUUUAAAGUUCAUCCACCAUCUGCUGAUCAGAUGGUCCAGCAGCAGAGACCACACUAUCCUGGAUCUGGACCCAGCUGUGUGUCCUGGAAGAGCGACGAGUCGAACCAACGUUCAAUUGACUUUAAAGUUCAUCCACCAUCUGCUGAUCAGAUAGUGUACGAGGAGAGCUCAAAGGUUCCCAGUGGUUGGUCUGCCCAAUGGCAUCAGACACACCUGGACUCCAUAUUCAUGGCGCUGGAGGAGAACAUUGUCGCUUUUGUGAAGGAUGAGAUGAAAAAAUUCCAGAAGAUUGUGAGUUCAGAUUACUCAAAAUGCUUAGAGAGUGAGAGGAAGGAUGAGGAAGGAUUGGACGGCGAGGAUGAAGAGCAGAGGAGGAGCAGCAGAGAGGCAUUUCUGAAGAUCACACUGCACUUCCUCAGAAGAAUGAAACAGGAGAAACUGGCUGACUGUCUGCAGAGCAAAAGUCGCCCUGGAGUUUGUCAACGUAAACUCAAAUCUAACCUGAAGAAGAAGUUCCGGUGUGUGUUUGAGGGGAUCGCUAAAGCAGGAAACCCAACUCCACUGAAUCAGAUCUUCACAGAGCUCUACAUCACAGAGGGAGGGACUGCAGAGGUCAAUGAUGAACAUGAGGUCAGACAUAUUGAAACAGCAUCCAGGAAACCACACAAACCAGAAACAACAAUCAGACAACAAGAUAUCUUUAAAGCAUCAUCUGGAAGAGAUGAACCAAUCAGAACAGUGAUGACAAAGGGAGUGGCUGGCAUUGGGAAAACAGUCUUAACACAGAAGUUCACUCUGGACUGGGCUGAAGACAAAGCCAACCAGGACAUACAGUUGACAUUUCCAUUCACCUUCAGAGAGCUGAAUGUGCUGAAAGAGAAAAAGUACAGCUUGGUGGAGCUUGUCCAUCUCUUCUUCACUGAAACCAAAGAAGCAGGAAUCUGCAGGUUUGAAGAGUUCCAGGUUGUGUUCAUCCUUGACGGUCUGGAUGAGUGUCGACUUCCUCUGGACUUCCACAACAAUGAGAUCCUGACUGAUGUUACAGAGUCCACCUCAGUGGAUGUGCUGCUGACAAACCUCAUCAGGGGGAAACUGCUUCCCUCUGCUCGCCUCUGGAUAACCACACGACCUGCAGCAGCCAAUCAGAUCCCUUCUGAGUGUGUUGACAUGGUGACAGAGGUCAGAGGGUUCACUGACCCACAGAAGGAGGAGUACUUCAGGAAGAGAUUCAGAGAUGAGGAGCAGGCCAGCAGAAUCAUCUCCCACAUCAAGACAUCCAGAAGCCUCCGCAUCAUGUGCCACAUCCCAGUCUUCUGCUGGAUCACUGCUACAGUUCUGGAGGAUGUGAUGAAGACCAGAGAGGAAGGAGAGCUGCCCAAGACCCUGACUGAGAUGUACAUCUACUACUUGGUGGUUCAGUCCAAUGUUAUGAACAUCAAGUUUGAUGGAGGAUCUGAGACAGAUCCACACUGGAGUCCAGACAGCAGGAAGAUGAUUGAGUCUCUGGGAAAACUGGCUUUUGAGCAGCUGCAGAAAGGCAACCUGAUCUUCUACGAGUCAGACCUGACAGAGUGUGGCAUCGAUAUCAGAGCAGCCUCAGUGUACUCAGGAGUGUUCACACAGAUCUUUAAAGAGGAGAGAGGACUGUACCAGGACAAGGUGUUCUGCUUUGUCCAUUUGAGUGUUCAGGAGUUUCUGGCUGCUCUUCAUGUCUAUCUGACCUUCAUCAACUCUGGAGUCAAUCUGAUGGCAGAAGAACAAUCAACCUUCUGGCGGCCUGUGCCAAGAGCCACACCAAUAGGUUUCUACCAGAGUGCUGUGGACAAGUCCUUACAGAGUCCAAAUGGACACCUGGACUUGUUCCUUCGCUUCCUCCUGGGUCUUUCACUGAAAAACAAUCAGACUCCCCUAAAAGGCCUGCUGACACGGACAGGAAGUAGCUCUCAGACCAAUCAGGAAACAGUCCAGUACAUCAAGAAGAAGAUUGACAAGGGUCUGUCUCCAGAGAAAUGCAUCAAUCUGUUCCACUGUCUGAAAGAAUUGAAUGAUUGUUCUCUGGUGAAGCAGAUCCAACAGUACCUGAGAUCAGGAAGUCUUUCCACAGAUGAUCUCUCUCCUGCUCAAUGGUCAGCUCUGGUCUUCAUCUUACUGUCAUCAGAGGAAGAUCUGGAUGUGUUUGACCUGAAGAAAUACUCUGCUUCAGAGGACGCUCUUCUGAGGCUGCUGCCUGUGGUCAAAGCCUCCAACAAAGCACUACUGAGUGGCUGUCAUCUUUCAAAGAGAGGCUGUGAAGCUCUGUCCUCAAUUCUCUGCUCUCAGUCCUCUAGUCUGAGAGAGCUAGACUUGAGUGACAACAACCUGCAGGAUUCAGGAGUAAAGCUGCUGUGUGGUGGCCUAAAAAGUCCACACUGUACACUGAAAACUCUGAGACUGAGUAGCUGUAACCUCUCAGAGAGAAGCUGUGAAGCUCUGUCCCCAGUUCUCAACUCCCAGUCCCCCAACUUGAGAGAGCUGGACCUGAGUAACAACAACCUGCAGGACUCAGGAAUGAAACUUCUGUCUGGUGGACUGGAGAGUCCACAAUGUGCACUGGAAACCCUCAGGAUGUCAGGCUGUCAGAUCUCAAAGGAAGGCUGUGCCUCUCUGGCCUCAGCUUUAAAGUCCAACCCCUCCCAUCUGAGAGAGCUGGACCUGAGCUACAAUCAUCCAGGAAACUCAGGACUUAGGCUGUUGUCUGCUGGACUGAUAAAUCCAUGCUGGAGACUGGAAACUCUCAGGGUGGAGCCUGGUGGAGUCCAAUGGUUGAGACCAGGUCUGAGGAAGUACUCCUGUGAACUCACACUCGACACAAACACAGUACACAGAAAGAUCAAACUGUCUGACAACAACAGGACAGCGACACAUGUGAGACAGGAGCAGCCGUAUCUUGAUCAUCCAGAGAGAUUUGACUACUGGCCUAAGCUGCUGUGUAGAGAUGGUCUGACUGGUCGCUGUUACUGGGAGGUGGAGUGGAGAGGAAGUGUUGAUAUAUCAGUGAGUUACAGAGGAAUCAAACGGAGAGGAGACAGAGACGACCCUUCAUUUGGAGGAAAGGAUCUGUCCUGGAGGCUGAGAUGCUCUGAUGCAGGGUACUCUGUCUUACACAAAGACAAAGAAACACCCCUCACCUUCUCUUCUUUGUCCUUCUUCUCCUUCUUCUUCUCCUUCUUCUCAUCCUUUCUCUCCCCCUUCUUCUCUUCCUCCUCCUCCUCCUCCUCUUCCACCUCCUCCUCUGCCUCUGGUAGAGUAGCAGUGUAUGUGGACUGUCCUGCUGGCACUCUGUCUUUCUACAGAGUAUCCUCUGACACACUGAUCCACCUCCACACCUUCAACACCACAUUCACUGAACCUCUGUAUCCAGGGUUUAGUUUUAUUUCCUGGUCAUAUGGUUCCUCAGUGUCUCUAUGUUCUCUGUAGGAGGGACAGUCUCCUCCUGUUAGAGAAACUUUCACUGCUGACCACAUUGUUCAGUCCAUGGGCAUAGUGGACGUGGGGUACAUGUCCCCCACAGUGGCUGUAUCUGUCCCAUAUGUCCCCUGCACUUUUCCGUACUGUUAAUAGAGUUUGACAGCCGUUCAAUUCAUUUUAACAAGUCAGAGCUUGUUCUUCCAAGUUGUCCUGGAUGCACUGUGAGUGGAGGGUCAAGGUGCACACUUGUUGCUUCUUUUGUUAUCACAGCAGAGAGCCAUGCUCCCUCUGUUGCCUCUCUAAGCACAGAGUGGGGAGGAUGUACUGUGAGUUUGAACAAAAAUGUAAAGCAAACAAGGCAGCAGAGGCAGAGAACCUUGCACUCGUUCUUUAUAUCAAACCAUGUAAGCUGAGUUAGUUUUUUGUAACAGUUAGCUGAUGUUAAAAGGUGACCUCUUUUCCUACUCAUCAGGUAUUUUUGGUUAUUUGGUUUGGUUCCGUAGCCGCUAUGGAGAGGCGCAGUUGAAUAGGAGAGAAUACUUAUUAUUAAUGAAACUUAAAAAAUAUGAAAUCAGAUGAGAAGCACUUUCUUGGCUAACCAGUUACCUAGAGAAUAGGAGUCAAUAUGUGCAAAUUAAUCAUGUUAAAUCACAACUACUGAAGGUUAAGUGUGGGGUUCCCCAAGGCUCUGUGUUGGCACCAUUGCUGUUUAAUUUGUACAUUAAUAAUAUAUGUGAGGUUUCCAGAGCACUAAAAACAAUUUUAUUUGUGGAUGAUACAAGUUUACUCUGCUGUGGGGAUAACUUGCAACAACUUUUGGAUACAGUGGGAAAUGAACUGAACAAACUGAAGAGUUGGUUUGAUUCAAAUAAACUAACACUAAAUUCAAGCAAUACAAAAUUUAUAAUAUUUGGGAAUCGUUCAACUAACUCAUGUAAGAAACUCAUGAUAAAUGAUGUACAAAUCGAAAAAGUGUCUGAAAUCCAAUUUGAAUUAAUAAUAGACAAUAAAUUAUGUUGGAAGCCACACAUAAAUUACAUUAAAGGGCCAGUGUGUAAUAUUUGGCAUGGUUUAUUAUCAAAUCUGAAUAUUCUACCCAUUCAUAUGUUUAUAUAAGUGUAUAAUCGCUAUAAAAUAAAAUUCGUUU